CAAAGUCGUGAAGCGGUAUUAAGAGCAGCUGUACCUUAGGCUGAGACUCACACUUGACUUGGCUGUCUCACUCAACACUAUUACGCCUUUCUCACCAUGGCAACUGACAAUCUCUCUGCUGUUGUAUAUGCCAAAAAUGAUCUUAGACUUGAAAAUCGUCCAGUUCCAGAACCAGGACCAAAUGAGGUACUCCUGAGAAUGGCUCAAGUUGGUAUUUGUGGUUCAGAUGUGUCGUACUGGACUAAGGGGGCCAUUGGUCAUUUUGUUGUAUUAGCACCAAUGGUGCUUGGUCAUGAGUCUGCUGGUGUGGUGGCCAAGUGUGGCAAGAAUGUCACUAGUCUAAAACCAGGAGAUCGAGUUGCCAUUGAGCCAGGCGUUCCAUGUCGUGUGUGUGAGUUCUGCAAAAAAGGCAGAUACAACUUGUGCCCAGAUGUUUUCUUCUGUGCAACGCCACCCGAUGAUGGAAACCUAUGCAGAUAUUACACCCAUGCUGCAGAUUUUUGUCUCAAACUGCCUGAUCAUGUAAGUUUAGAGGAGGGGGCCCUUCUAGAGCCAUUAAGUGUUGGAGUUCAUGCCUGUGAACGCGGUGGAGUAACUCUCGGUUCUUCUGUCUUGGUGUGUGGUGCAGGGCCAAUAGGCCUUGUUAACUUACUUGCAGCGAAAGCAAUGGGAGCUUCAAAGGUUUGCAUCACAGACAUUACUGAGAAUCGCUUGCGAGUUGCCAAGGAGAUGGGUGCAGACUACACAAUACUUGUUGAUACAAAUGAUGCAGAGAAGUUGGCACAGCAAGUCAAGGAAGUAAUGGGUGGGAUGCCAGACAAAACAAUUGAGUGCAGUGGUGCUGAGACAAGUGUUCGUCUUGGUAUUUUGGGUACUAAAUCAGGUGGAACAAUAGUGCUGGUUGGUCAUGGUCCAGAUGAAGUAAAAAUCCCUGUGGUUAAUGCUGCUGCCCGUGAAGUUGACAUUCGAGGCCUAUUUCGAUAUGCUAAUAAUUAUCCUGCAGCAUUGGACAUGGUUGCCUCAGGGAAGAUAAAUGUCAAAAAGCUCAUCACUCAUCGCUUCAAACUUGAAGAAGCAGACAAGGCAUUUGAAACUGCUCGCACAGGUGCUGGAGGUGCUAUCAAAGUUAUGAUAUCAUGUGAGUGAUUGUUUUCUUGUUAACUCGGGAUUAAUCUAAGUAUUAUCCCCUUUGAAUAUGAAAUGAUAGAAAUCAUCUAAUGUUGGGUCUACUGUUGUACUCCCGAUUGUUUAUUGCUUAGAAAUUAACAUGAAACAGAUGUAAUUAUAAGUACAGUUCAACAUAAUUCCAGUACAACAUAAUUCCAGGUAUCCAGACAAGUGGUAGAUUCAAGUAAUUGGCACUAAAAUUAAAUAAUAAUUAAAAUAAAAAUUCCUCUAAAUUCUGCUAGAAUCUUAAGUUUGAAUAUCACAUGCAACAGGGAUGUGCUGCCAUAUUUAUUGCUUUGAUAAACAAAAUCAAUACAUAACCAAUCAUAAAAUACAAUAGCACAUAUUUUAUGUACAAAAAAUGGCUCAUUUCCACACUCAAACCAUCCUCUGGGCAACACAACACAGUUUCAUGCAGUCAACCAACUGACUUAGACGUGUGACUGGCACUGUGUGUGUGUGCGAUGAUGUCACAUCAGGAGAGAGUGCAGCCAUAGCCCGGUAACCCACCGCCUCAACACACAUUCACUUCCCCGUUGUAAAUCGGGGAGGAGCUGUACUGUAUUAUUGCAAUCAUUUCUCCACAACUUAAUAGUUUCAUUACAAGUAACAAUAUACUGUACGAGGUGGCUGGGCUGGUGAGUCGGCGACAUAGUUAUAGCCAAGGCCUUGGCUAUAACCGCCUCCUCAUACGUUCACUUCUCACACAUACACUCUCAUGCUCUUCAUUUUUCUUAUUUUAUAGUUAUAUAUUAUAUUUUCUUUAUUUCUAAGCCACACCAUUUAUAUAUAGGGGGAUAAGUGUUAAAAAAAUCCAUUUUUCUGAGACAGAAUUUGUGAGGUCAGCCUGUAGCUGUGUAUUGUAGGAUUUAUUGGGGGGGAUCCUAAGAGCAAGGUUCAACUAACCAGAAAAAAACUUUAUCCGACUUCUCUCAAUCCCCGUAGGUGCUGGAUAACUGGAAUUCUACUGUAAUUAAUUGUUAAAAAAUGGUUUAGCAAAUUUUACUACUGUAAGAACAUAAUUCAACUAAAACAAUAGUUAACAUGAAUUACUUGAAUUUCCAUGAACUAAAAUUUACUAAAGUUAUUAUACUUUGUGUGUAUGUGCAUGGGUGCAAUUUACAGUGUAACUUUCUGAAGUGAUGAACUCAAAGUUGUCAAGUUGUUUAUACAGGUAUAUACAGUACGUAUAUAUAUACAGUAUAUAAAUAUACAUUAUGUAAAUUACCAUUGAUUAUAUACUUUGUAGUAUUAUACUUGAAUGCUAAAUAAAAGUUAUAAGAAUA